GAUGAAAACACAACAAUCCAACCUAAAAAGCCGACAAUCCUGCCGACACGUCGAGCAGUGUUGAGAAAAUAAUAAUUUAUUUUACAAAGCUGUAAUAUAUAUUUGCUGCCAAAAUUCAGUCCCCAUCGGGAAAACCAGACGGGCACUCAGCCAUGAAGGAUUCAGAAGUGGAUACAAAGAACAUUAUUAAAAGUAGAGAACUGCUCUACAGACUUAUGAUAAGUCAAUUAUUUUACGACGGUCAUCAAACACUAGCUGUUCAAUUAUCAAAUUUAACUCAAGCUGAACCACCAUGUCCUCCUUCAGAUCGAUUGUUACACCUCAUGUUAAUUGGUAUGGCAAAUGAGCCAGACAGGUCCAAAAAAGAAAACAACCACAUACCAUCAUUCACAGCUGUUGAAAAUACAUUAGGACCAGGAUUAGACCUAGAAUUCGAAACUGAAGCUCAGACACAAGCUCCAGAACCUGCUCAGUAUGAAACUGCGUAUGUCACAUCACACAAAGGAAACUGUAGAGCUGGUGCCUUUUCAGCGGAUGGCCAAUUGAUAGCUACUGGAUCAGUUGAUGCUUCGAUAAAAAUUCUUGAUGUUGAUCGUAUGCUAGCCAAAUCAGCACCAGAUGAAGUUCCUGGUGAUCAGUCAGGAGGACAUCCUGUAAUUAGAACAUUGUAUGACCACUUGGAGGAAGUAACCUGCUUAGAAUUUCAUCCAAGGGAACCAAUUCUAGUGUCUGGAAGUAGAGAUUUUUCCAUUAAAUUAUUUGACUUCAGCAAAGCUAGUGUUAAGAAAGCAUUUCGUACUAUAACGGACUCGGAUCAAAUAAGAUGUUUAGCCUUUCAUCCAACUGGUGAUUACCUGGUGGUUGGAACAAAUCAUCCAGUUGUACGAUUGUAUGAUGUUAAUACAGCACAAUGCUUUGUGUGCAGCAUUCCAAAUCAUCAGCAUACAAGUGGUAUUACUAGCAUUAAAUAUUCUCCUGAUGCUAAGACUUAUGCAUCGGCAAGUAAAGAUGGAAGCAUCAAGUUGUGGGAUGGAGUUUCAAAUAGGUGUAUCAAUACAUUUGUGAAAGCGCAUGAUGGUUAUCAAGUUUGUUCUGUUGCUUUUACAAGAAAUGGAAAAUAUCUACUGUCAUCAGGAAAAGACUCGCUGAUCAAACUGUGGGAAUUGUCAACUAGUAGGUGUUUAAUUGCAUACACUGGAGCUGGAACAACAGGGAAACAAGAGCACAAAGCCCAAGCUAUAUUUAAUCAUACUGAAGAUUACGUGAUGUUCCCUGAUGAAGCAACCACAUCAUUGUGUGCAUGGAAUUCCAGAAAUGCUUCGAGAAAGCAAUUGUUAUCUCUUGGUCACAAUGGUCCAGUUCGAAUGAUUGUACAUUCUCCAGUGGCACCAGCAUUUUUAACUUGCAGUGACGACUUCAGAGCAAGAUUUUGGUUCAGGCGCAUGCCAACACAUUGAAUGUGAGAGAUAUUGUAUAUGUAUUUCUAUUCUAUUUUGGAGUUCAAAAAUCUACCAAAAAAAAGAUGAACUGCGCGUUUUAGUGUAAUAUCGAUUAAGCUAAAAAAUAGUUUUGUAAGUAAUAUUUUUAACUGUAUAAACAUCAAUAUAAAGCGAUCAUCAAAUUUUA